UUACGUCAUAUACAACGGACUGAUACAUGUCCUCGGCUGAAGAAAGAGCUAGCAAGGAAGCAAACUGUUUAAUGUUACUCACGAAAUUAAAAGUCGGAAAUGUCGCUACAGUCCAACACUCAUGCCUUUUAGCGUUACAACCACAUAUAUGGUUGAGGUAGAUAUUUUUUAGGAAGCGUUAUUCUUACAAGGCUAUGAGCGAUACUUGUCGAGGAAGUCGUCCAGCUGGCUAGCUAAAAAGUAGCUAGCUAGGCUAGCUGUCGUUAGCACGGUAGUUCUUUGUUUUGUUUUUUUAGGUGAAGGUCCGUGUAAACAUGAAGAUUGACUAGUUCGCUUUUACAUGUAACGUUCAUAUAGGAGGGUUAUACUCAUGCACGUAGUAUAUUUAUCAGUGUUUAGUUGACCUGGAAUUAAAUGUUUUCUGGAAUAUUAGACAAAACUACUAUUAGCCACCGAGAGCAACUUUAGCAACACAACACAGAUCUUUUUUAACGUCGGGACAGGACUGGAGACACGAAGAUAUGGGCAACUGUCUCAAGUCUCCGACAUCAGACGACAUUUCUCUGCUUCAUGAAUCCCAGUCAGACAGAGCGAGCUUCGGUGACGGGACAGACCCGGACCUGGAGCCACCUCCGCCGUACCAGGAGCAGGCUCACAUGCCCAUGUACCAUCCCACGCCCAGCCAGGCCCGUCUGGCCACCCAGCUGACAGAGGAGGAGCAGAUCCGCAUAGCUCAGCGCAUCGGCCUCAUCCAGCACCUCCCUAAGGGUGUUUAUGACGGAGGGCAAGACGGCUCGGAGAAAAAGAUCAGAGAAUGCGUAAUCUGUAUGCUGGACUUUGUAUACGGGGACCCCAUCCGGUUCCUGCCGUGUAUGCACAUCUACCACAUGGACUGUAUAGACGACUGGCUGAUGAGAUCCUUCACCUGCCCCUCCUGCAUGGAGCCCGUGGAUGCUGCCCUGCUCUCCACCUAUGAGACCGCCUGAUUUUUUUCCCCCACGUCUCCAGUCCCAAACCAAGAUCAAACACGGCCCCUUCAGGCCCAAACACACACACCUAAACCCAACAACUGCCCUUUUAUAGAGUGAGACGAGCUAUACAAAAAUGUCUUGGCUGUUUUUUUGCACUUUGAAAUAUCAAAAAUUACUCACCUAAUGUUGGCCUUCCAUUCCCCCAGGUCUAAAAAAAUAAGCUGGUCUUAAACAUCAGUUACACAACUGUGUGUCUGUGUGUGUCUGCCAUGCUGACAGUAAGCACCUUGUGUGUGUGUGUGUGUGUGUGUGUGUGUGUGUGUGUGCGUGUGUGCGCGCGCGUGCGUGUGUGUCUGCGGUUUGAUGACUCUGCACUUGAGCCGGACUCAGUGCUAUCUCCCCGUAUGUUCAGGGUUCACCUUCAUUCUCCGUUAGUAGACAUUACAAUUGAAAACAGAUUUUUGAACAACAUGCUACAAGAUGUUGCUAGAAAUCUGUUUGGGAAAAUAUUAUGUUUUCCGUGGCAACAGUAACACUUCCUCACAAUAUUGAUCGCUCUCCUGAACAUGGUCUUGCAUUAAAAUGGCCCUACACUUCAGGUAUGGGAAAACAUGGCUGAAGUUUACACUGUUGGUGUGACAUGAAAAGAAAUCACUCUCCAGUUUGUCAGGCGUACAACAUAAUUAUGCACACCCUUAAUAAAAAUCACCCAAAGUUUAUAAGUACACAAUGCUCACCUUCAGCAGAUCUGGGCUAAAUGUUUUUUGUCUACUCCAAGUGGCUGAACUUUAAAGAAGAUUUGUUGUGUAAGGGAAAAUGUUGUUGUGUAUUGUGAAUGUUUCCCCAGGCGGUGUGUAAAGAUGCUGGCAGCCAAUGUAAAGGGCUCAUUUGUGCAUGGGCAGGUGGAUCAGUCAGUCAAAAAUUAGAAAUGCUUGCACACACUUUUCAUCUGAUCCAGAGAUUUGCACUUUACUUAUAGGACAGUAUCUAAACAAUAUAUUAAUAUAUGUAUCUUAUAACCUUGCACUAUCGAUACUUCAUUCCUUUGUUUCCUGAGAUGCAAAAGUUAUAUAACUGUAAAGGUUUUUCAAAGCUGUCAGUAGUCACUUAUCACAUUGAAGUAAACCUGAAAAUGUAUUUCAUGAAAUCUGUGAUUUGGUAGUGUGAUCCUCCGCUUUGUUCUGCUUGACUUUUGAUUCUUGUGUGUUUUUGUGUCUUAAGUGAAGGGACAGAGGCUUUCUCCAGUUUAAAAAAGUUUGACAUUUUGGGAAAUAUGCAUAUCCAGUUUAACAUCAAGAGUUAAAGAGUAGGAGAUUUUGUGUGUUAAGUAAUCAGCUGGGACAAGGAGGGGAUUAGCCUAGCAUAAAGACUACGCAGGGUGAAACUGCAGGCAUGGCUUCGAAAGUCAAAAACACACCUAACAGCGCCUACGAAACUCGGUAAUAGUGGUUUUGGGAGGAGUUUGACAAAUAUAAAAGCAUUCAACUUCCUCAAACUAUUCAACUAUAGAUCUAACAAACAAGUCCUAACAUGGUGAUUAACUAUUUAGGUGCUGGUAGGCCAUCUCUUUAACUUUGGACAGAAGUCAGGUGGUUAUUGACCUCUUCCAGUCUUUAUGCUAAGCUAAGCUAAAUCCCUCCCCAGUCUAGAUUCAUAGCUGGUUUACGUGAGAGGUGUCAGUGUGCUCAUCUCCUGGCAAGAGAUCGAUAAAGCAUAUUUCCCAUCAUGUCGUACUGUCCCUUUAAGAAAGAAAUGGGCUUAAUUUGAUUUAUUUUGAGUAAACAGUCAAGUCAUUUAACAUCAUUUAUUUUUGUUUUAUUACAUGUUUAUUUCCAAUUACUGUAGCAGUAGUAACAAUCAUUUCUUUUUGGUUUGUGGCAUUGUUUGUUGUCCUUUUUUUAUGUUACUUGUGUUUUAUCUUUUUGUUAUGUUUGUGUGGAAUCCACUUUGCAUCACGGUUAGUAAGUAUUUCACUUUAACACUGCUGUAAGCCUGACUGUGCAAGCCUCUGUCCCAAAUGAAUUUCAGUGUGUGAGACACUUCUUUUAAGGUGUGAUAGUUACAACUGAUGUAUCAAGUUUUCCAUUUAGCUUUUCCUUUGCUGUGUUUUUCAUUUUAAGUUUAUUCUGAAAAUUAAUAUUUCCUGUAAUCUUGUUUUUCUUUUUUUUUGGAAGGCUAAAAGGCCAUCAUGUUAAAAAAAUAAAAAUAAAGAGAGAAAAACA